AUGCGAUUCCUGCGGUUGUCACAUUGCGUCCGGGUAUUCAUGUCCAGCCUCGGCGCAGGUAGAGCCGCAGCGUGUCGGCCGCAGGCCGGCGCCGGCCGCGCGUGGGCCAGGCAAAUCGUGCGGCGCCGCGAGACUAUCCACUUGCGGGCUGGGCAGCGACGGUGCGCGGCGUCGGCCUCGAGCGGCCGCGACAGGCUUGUCCUCGGGAUCGAGACGUCCUGCGACGACACAGGAGCGGCGGUCGUGAACUCGAGGGGAGAGGUGCUCGGCGAAGCCAUCGCGCACCAGUACGAAAUCCACAGCGACUGGGGCGGCGUUGUUCCCGCGCUGGCGCGGGAGGCGCACGCGGCCGCUGUGCGCGGCGUGGUCGACACAGCGCUCCAGCAGGCGGGCGUGUCGGAGGACGACCUGGACGCGGUUGCAGUCACAGUGGGUCCCGGGCUGUCGCUGUGCCUCAAAGAGGGCGUUCUGGAGGCGCGCCGGCGCGUCCGUCGCGCCUCGCGCGCCAUUCCGCUCAUCGACGUCCACCACAUGGAGGCGCACGCGCUCGUGGCGCGCAUGGAGCGCGCGGUGGGGGAGCACGGCGACGCAGGCGGGGCGCGCGGCGGCGAGGCGGCGAGCGGGGGCGCGGCGGCCAGGGUGGACGCGCUCGACCUGCCCGAGCGGGUGCAGUUUCCGUUCCUGUGCCUGCUGGUGUCAGGGGGGCACAAUUUGCUGCUCCUGACACGCGGGGUUGGGGACCACGUCGUGCUGGGCGGCACGAUGGACGACGCGCUCGGCGAGGCGUACGACAAGGUGGCGCGGAUGCUGGGGCUGGGGAUGGUGCCGUCGGGCGGCGCGGUGCUCGAGGCGGUGGCGCGGGGGGGGGACUCGAAGAAGUACAAAUUCAAACCGCCGCUGACGAAGCGCCCCGGGGCGGACUUCAGCUUCAGCGGGCUGAAGACGGCGGUGCGGAUGGCGAUCGAGCGCGAGGGCGGCUCCUUCGACACCGGGCGCGCGGAGACCCCCGGGGGGGCGAGUUUGCCUGACGCGGUGAAAGCGGACAUCGCGGCGUCGUUCCAGGACGUCGCGGUGCGCCACCUCGUGAAGCGCGUGGGCGUCGGGAUCCAGUGGGGCCUCGAGGAGGAGCCGAGCUGCCGGCAUCUGGUCGUCGCGGGGGGCGUUGCGGCCAACCAGGUGGUGCGCGUGGCGCUGGCCGAGUGCGCGGCGGGUUCGGGGCUGGAGCUGGUGUGUCCGCCGCCGCGGUACUGCACGGACAACGGCGUGAUGGUGGCCUGGGCGGGGAUGGAGCGGCUGCGGCUGGGGCUGGUCGAGCCUGGGGCCGCGGCGCUGCCGGAGGAACCAUCGCCAGGGGAGGACGAGUGGGUGGACUUGCGGCCGCGGUGGCCGCUGGGGCAGCGGCACCCGCGCGCGGACGAGGCGUUGAGCAUGCGCAAGGUCCGGAGCUAUAAAAAGACCAAGCAGUUCACCGACCUGAGCACCCUGACGCGCCAGGUGUCCACGCAGGCCGGACAGGCGAGCUAG